AAUAUGUCUAAAAAACAUCCAUCUGAGCAGCAAUAAGUCAAGAUAAGAUGAAACUCUGGAUUCUUUUGCUGGCUGUUGCAGUCAGCACAGAAGAAACGCCAGGACAGAACAGCUGUGUUGAAAGAUAUCCUGGAAUUCCUGGGAAUCCUGGACACAAUGGCAUUCCAGGACGAGACGGACGAGACGGAACAAAGGGUGAAAAAGGAGACACAGGUGACCCAGGAAAUCCAGGAAAGUCAGGCCGAGAUGGCAUCAAUGGAAAUAAGGGAGAACCAGGGGCUGACGGCAGAGUUGAAGAAAAAGGGAACAAAGGUGAUAAAGGAGAGCGAGGCUGGCCUGGGAAAUUUGGGCCAAAAGGAAUUCCGGGACCAGUAGGAGACAAAGGUCAACAGGGGGAGCUAGGACCGCAGGGAAGGAAAGGGAUAAAAGGGGACCUUGGGCCAAUUGGCCCCAAAGGACAAAAAGGUGAAAUUGGAAUUCAAGGUGAAAUAGGAUUAAAGGGGCCCAUCGGUCCAAAAGGCCACGUGGGUCCUAAAGGAGAGAUAGGGGGCCCCGGACCAAAGGGCAGUAAAGGCAAUCAGGGAGAAAGGGGUUGGAAGGGAUCACAAGGCGAAAAAGGGAAUCUUGGCAGUACCCCAGUUAUUGCCAGAAGCGCUUUCAGUGUGGGCCUUACCGCUAAAUUUCCUCCACUCAAUGUUCCCAUCAAAUUUGAUAAAGUCUUAUACAACAGCUUCGACCAUUAUAGCACCGAAACCGGAGUGUUCACCUGCCAAAUCCCUGGGGUCUAUUAUUUUACCUACCACAUCACUGUUUUUUCAAGGAAUAUGAGAGUAGCUCUAGUUAAAAACGAGCACAGGAUGCUCCACACUGCAGACAUGUACCAAGGGGCCGAAGACCAGGCAUCUGGAGGAAUCGUCCUGGAACUUCAGAAAGGGGAUCGGAUAUGGCUGCAGUCUUAUGGAGGAGAGACUUUCAAUGGAUUGUAUGCAGAUCCAGAUGAUGACACGAUCUUCAGUGGCUUUCUUCUAUUUAGUACCUCAGAAGCACCAGCAUCUGCGUCCUCCAGCAUAUAAACUGCUUGGUUUUGAAUAUGUCAAUUAUAUGGCAUAGCUUUGUUUUCACAUGAAGUUUCCAUCAAAGUUCAUGAAGCCAAAUCAAGAACUCCCAGUCUUUUUUUUUUUUUUUUUUUUUGCAGAAUGAUGCUGAACACCACUUGUGCAUUAUUUUGUUUAUACGGUUCCUAAGUAUAUUUUUGCUAUUUUUUUCAGAAUAUCUACGAUUGCACCAACACUAAUACAAAAUGCUAAUAUCUUACAUAAUUAUUUAAUCACAGUAUUCUUUUAAUCGACUAAACCUGUUUUAACUUUUUACAAAAAUAUUUUAGACUGGUUAAUAAAACCACACAAUCCACUGUUAUAUAUUUAUACCUAAAUAUGUUUAAAUAAAACAAAAUUAGUUUUUUUUCAAGAUAAGAAAUAA